GACAACAUGUUAAAGGCUCUGUGUUUUCUGUAGUCGCUGAUAAUCUUGGGGCACAUUCAAUUUGUGGACUUGUGGAAAAUUUUUGUGGACCAUUCAUUUGUAGAUUUUGCCUUGGAGAGCGAUCAGAAUUUCAAAGAAAGGAGGUGAGGUCAGGUGCAUUUCCUGCUCGGACCAAAGAGAAUCAUGCCACUCAUUUAUUGACUGUUAAAGAAAAUCCUGCUUUGACACACUGUUACGGUGUAAAAAAUGCUUGCCCACUUACUGAAAAUCUGAGCUAUUUCCACUGUGUGACUGGCUAUCCACCCGAUAUAUUGCACAACACUUUUGAAGGCAUCGUUCCCUUGGAAUUGGGUCUGUGCUUCAGUGUUUUUAUCUCAAAGAAAUAUUUCACUUUCAGUGAACUUAACAGAGCCAUCACACAAUUUCCGUAUAAAUGGGCUGACAAAACUGAUUGUCCUCAGCCAUUACCUACAACCUUUUCCUCAAAAAAGAAGAUUGGAGGAAACGCACAUGAAAAUUGGGCCCUCAUACGACUGCUGCCAUUCAUUAUUGGACACAGAAUACCUUUGAAUGAUCCAGCCUGGCUUCUACUCAUGUCUUUAAAAGACAUUAUUGAACUUGUCGUUGCCCCAGUCCACAACAAAGAAAGUGUUGCUUAUCUUGACUCAAAAAUUUCUGAACACCGACACAGAUUCCAAGAAGUAUUUCCUAAUGAAGGGUUAAUCCCAAAGCACCACUUCUUAGAACACUAUCCUGCAUUAAUAAAUGCUUUUGGACCUGUGAUUGCUUUCUGGACAAUGAGGUUUGAAGCGAAACACAGCCAAUUUAAGCAGAUUGUGAGACAUACUGGCAACUUUAAGAACAUUCUCCUUUCUCUGGCCACAAAGCAUCAGCUUUUGAUAAGUCACCACCGGCAUUCCACAACAGUUGUGCCUGCUCUGAGUGUUGUAAGAGUCACAUCAGUGCCUUUAGAUGUCCUGCAUGUAAAUGUUCAGGAAUCAAUCAAGCAUCUGUUUCCUUGUCAGUCUCAAGUACAGCUGGCUGAUACAGUCACCUUCCAUGGAACAAGGUACUCAAAAGGCAUGAUCGUGGCCUAUGGUUGUACUGCUGGUCUUCCUGAUUUUGCAGAGAUUGUUCAAAUUGCCCUUUUUGGGGAAAAGGUGCAUUUUAUUGUGAAAACACUCAUGUCCUGGUAUGAUGAACACUAUCGUGGAUUUCAUCUUGAGAAGACCGAUCACAUAACUCUUGUUGAACAACAAAACCUUAGUGAUGUUUGUCCCCUGUCAGCCUAUAUUGUUGCAGGAAAGCUCAUGGUGACAUUAAAGCGCCACAUCUGUCUCCAGUGUUGAGUAUGACUUUGUAUAACAUAUUUGUUUCUUAUGUCUUUCUAGACAUGGAACCAACAGUCAGAUUCCGGGUCCUCAUUGAUCACGAGGUCAAAAAACUUACACUCAACAGUGGCAUACCCUCAACUGUGGAUGAAUUGGUUGCAGCCAUCAAAAAACAAUUUGCCAUCACCACAGAAAUCAGUCUUCAGUACAAAGAUGAAGAGUUUGAUGACUUUUUCACCCUAACGACCACAAAGGAACUCAAAGAUAAAGACACACUGAAAGUAGUGUGUGUACCGCUAAACAUAACACUGACCCUUGUUCCCCAGGAAAGCACCCCUGAUACCUCCAGUGUGUACUCUUUAUCCGAGUCUGUGACACACUCUGACGGCUCAGAUGAUACUGUGAUUCUGUCUCCUUCACCCUCUGAAAGGCAAAAACCAUGGCCUGCUCUAUUUCCCAUUCCAACUUUCUCACACAACACUGAGCUGGCUUUGAGUCAAGGUAAUGAGAUUUAUUUAAGAGAUGGCACCCUACUGACAUCACCCAGUGUCAAAGCGGAUAUCUUGGAGCGCCUGGCAGAGGCCAUGUUUAGCUACACAGCGUACCCCAAUGAUGCCCAGAGGUCUGCAGUAGCACAGGCACUAAUAGAAAAGCAUCCCUGUUUGAAGGAGCCUGGCUCUUUUAAUGGAAUUUAUGGGUGGCAACAAAGCCUGAAAUACAAAUGUGGAAACUAUCGUACCAAACGUAAAGCAUUGGGAAGCCCUGAACUCCUGAUAAACUCAAUGAAAUACAAGAUGGGAGAUGACAGAAAACCUGCUAAAAACAUCAAGAAACCAAAGAGGGCAGAAGUAAAUUACCUGCCUCAGCACCCUUCUGGUGAAACAGACAGCAGCCUUGAGAAUGUGAGGCUUGACCUAAUAGAAGCCAGCAAGAAAAGGGACGUCAAAAGCAUAAAUGACAUGAUGGCCAGAACAUAUAGCUGGAGAAGAAUGGAAGUGGUUGUCCAGUCCCCAGAUGUGGCAAAAUUUAAAGAAAGAUGGCCUGCCCUCUUUGAACCAUCCCAGAUAAAUGAAGAAUUCCGAAGGUGUGCUGCAGUUCCACUAGAAUCAGUGUUUAUGUCCCAGCUGGACAAGUACACUCCAAAACUUCUUGACCUGUUUAGUGCGAAGGGUGGAGCGGUUGGUCAACGCAUCAAGAACUUGUUAAUGGAACUGACACAGGAUCCAAGUACCUCUGUGGUGAAGAAGAGAGACGUGACUCUGAGAUGCCUCGUUGAAUACAUGGGAGAGAGUGGGCAAGAGCUCAUCUCUGACUACUAUGGAAAAACAGAGAGCAGUGUCCACGAGGACUUGAAAAUGAGCAAUAUGCAGAUAUACGUCUGCCGUGAACCAGAUGCAGUGGGCAUCAUCAUUGAGGGAAUCCCAGUGCUUACUGAUCUUGGAAAUCUGGCCAGGGCAUGUUGCCUGCUUCUGGGGAUGACAUAUGCUCUGAACCUGCAGUAUCCACCACAACUCUGCAAAACAUUUGAGGUGUUCCAAAGACUUUUUGUGGGACUUGACACACUGCGCCCAAAACCUUCCUCCCGAUUCAUGACACUAAAAAACAAACUUCUGAGUUAGUUGGUCAAAUGCCAGCCUCGCACUCAUAAAUGGCAAUCUCAUUGUGUUUUUCAGAGAGCUUUUCAGAAGAUUGUUCUGAAUGUUUAUUUGUUAAUUGGCUGCAGUUCAGAAGUUCUGUUAUAUAAACCAGUUUAUGGUAAAAUGUUUUAAUACAUACUAAGAUGUACUGUGCACUUACGGAUUGAAGCUGAAGUCAGUUAUUUUGUGUCAGAUGCCGUGAUCCGGCUUCCCUGUGUUUUAUUUUAAUGUCCUUGUAAGGAUAUAUGUAAGAUUGUUGUUUAAUUUUUGUUUUCUUUGCUUCACCACUCUUGCUCGGUGGGCAGUUUAACUGAGAAAAAUGUGGUAGUCAAGCACAGACUUUUUCAGUUCCUGGAUAAGCC